CUGCGGCGGACAAACCAAAACCAACGCUUUCACUCGACCCCCAACAACAUGGCUUCAAAGUGCCCCAAGUGCGAGAAGACGGUGUAUUUCGCUGAAAAGGUGGCAUCGCUGGGGAAGGACUGGCACAAACUGUGUCUCAAAUGUGACCGCUGCAACAAGCUUCUGAAUGCUGGAGGCCACGCUGAGCACGAUGGAAGGCCAUACUGCCACAAACCAUGCUAUGCUGCCCUCUUUGGGCCAAAAGGUGUGAACAUUGGAGGAGCGGGUUCGUAUGUGUAUGAUACUCCAGCCAACAACAACACACCUCCUACCAGUGUGGAUUCAGCGAGCAAAGCUGAGGAGAAGCGUGCAUACGCUGCAAAGGCUCCAUCAAAAGCUGGCAGCAUCACCACUUUCUCCGGAGAAGCCAACCUGUGUCCCAGGUGCAACAAGAAGGUUUAUUUUGCUGAGAAGGUGACAUCACUGGGCAAAGACUGGCAUCGACCCUGUCUGCGCUGCGAAAGGUGCAGCAAGACGCUGGCCCCUGGCAGCCAUGCAGAGCACGACGGCCAGCCUUACUGCCACAAACCAUGUUAUGCCGUUCUCUUUGGGCCUAAAGGCGUCAACACUGGUGGGGUGGGCAGCUACGUCUAUGACAAGGAGCCCAGUGCAGUGACCCAGCCUUGAACCUUUUGCCCCCUCAGCCUCACCCUCUCUACUCUACGCAACACUGACCAUCAUCCACAGUAUUAUUUUUUUAGGCCUGUCCCCCUCUCUCCUCUUUCUCCACCUGUGCAUUCAUACCUGAAAAACAAACCUUUUUUUCCUCUUCCCUAGAUCAGGUUUAGCACCACGAGGAAUGAAUUUGUGAUUACAAAUGCCGGCUAGGCAUGUGUUUUAUACAUUUGCUAGAGGAGUGCAAAUGCAUCCACGGUCCCCACAUUAGUGUUAUUUCUUAUUGCACCCCAGCUACAUUUUUGACAUGUUUACACAGUAAAUGUUCACAAACACUUAAAAAAAAACAGUACAAAGGUCUUAAAUUUCAAAUCUUUCACCCACGAGAAUGUGCUCACACAUGCUUGUAGGUUUUUUUUGGUGAGGUCGAAGACAGAUGAUUUUCAGGUGUGGAAAGGCCCACUUUGGGCGAAGAGGUGCCGUUUGUUCACUGCGAGGUGACGACAGCCUGAGCAGGCUGCUGCAGGCACAGGUGGUGCUCAACAGCACAUUGCCAAUAAAUCAGUAUGCUACUAUUGCCAUAUUUGUAGUCUAACAGCCUGAAAACAUUUCUCACACAAUUGAGAAAAAGAGUCCAAACAUUGGAGAAAAAAAAAAGAAAAAAGAAUAUGCUUAAGACAUGGCUGGGGUCACUCUUACAUGACUGUCAACACGUCAUCAUGAGAUAGUCGUUUAAUUGUGCUAUUGAGAACACUUUAAUCAAAUUUAUAUGAGAAUCUAGAUGACGAGGAGAAAAAGAAUAAAAAGAUGCAAAGUGCUAAUGAAUGGAAAACCUCCUCUCCCAUGUGUUACAUAUAAUUUUUUCAGCUCUUUCUAAAAGGCAGAAUAUGAGUGU